CAGUAGUGGGCCUGGCACUCAUGUUUGGUUGCAGUGGUAAGCUUCGGAUGGGAUUUCAUUUCCUGUCUUGGAGAUAUAUUUGAAAACUCAUCUGGACACAACCGACACUUUCUCUCUCACUUUUGCGAAGUGGAGGCUUUAUUAAAAGUGAACUCCGUGGACUAACUGUACGCUUCGUUUCAAACUUGGACGGCAUGGCUUUUGAAGAAACUUAACCCCCGUAGUUUUGAAAGUAUUUACCGGAGCAGAGGAUUUUACUUUUGAGAAGGUCAUCUCGCAUUUGUACACCAAACUAUAGCUGAAAUGGAUCAACAGAACCAAGCAAGCGGUGGAGAGGAUCCAAAUAAGCCGUCUAAAAGAAAAUCAAAUGAAGAUGAAACUAAGAACAAAAAACUGAACAUACACAUUAAAACAUUGGCUGAUGACGUGCGCGACAGGAUCACCAGCUUCAGGAAGGCGGGCACGAAGAAGGAGAAGCCGCUCAUCCAGCACCCCACCGACUCCCAGUCCGCCCAGGCCGAGCUCCCAGUCCCCCAGCCGCUCUUCGACGACCGAAGCAUGAACCUGUCCGAGAAGGAGAUCGUGGACCUCUUCGAGAAGAUGAUGGAGGACAUGAACCUGAACGAGGAGCGCAAGGCGCCGCUUCGCGGGAAGGACCUGAGCACCAAGCGCGAGAUGGUGGUGCAGUACAUCUCCGCCACGGCCAAAUCCGGAGGCCUGAGGAACAGCAAGCACGAGAGCACGCUGUCCUCGCAGGAGUACGUGCACGAGCUGCGCUCCGGCAUCGCCGACGACAAGCUGCUCAACUGCCUCGAGUCGCUGCGCGUGUCCCUCACCAGCAACCCCGUCAGCUGGGUGAACAACUUUGGCCAUGAAGGACUGGGAUUGCUCUUGGACGCACUGGAGAAGCUGCUGGACAAAAAACAGCAGGAAGGCAUUGAUAAAAGGAACCAGCACAAGCUGAUCCAGUGUCUCAAGGCUUUCAUGAACAAUAAGUAUGGGCUCCAAAGGAUUCUGGGAGACGAGAGAAGCCUUCUGCUCCUGGCGAGGGCUAUUGACCCGAAGCAGACCAGCAUGAUGACAGAGAUCGUCAAGAUCCUGUCUGCGGUCUGCAUUAUCGGAGAGGAGAACAUCCUUGAUAAGAUCCUGGCUGCCAUGACGAUUGCGGCGGAGAGGCAUAGUAAGGAGAGAUUCGCCUCCAUAGUGGAGGGCCUGGAGAACCAUGAAGCUCAACAGUUGCAGGUGGCUUGCAUGCAGCUCAUCAACGCCUUGGUCACGUCGCCGGAUGACCUGGACUUCAGGAUACACCUGCGGAACGAGUUCCUGCGCUGCGGUCUGAAGAAGAUCCUGCCGGAGCUGAAGGAGACGGAGGAGCUGGACAUCCAGCUGAAGGUGUUCAACGAGAACAAGGACGAGGACGCCAUCGAGCUGUCCCACCGCCUGGACGACAUCCGGGCCGAAAUGGACGAUAUGAAUGAAGUCUACCAUCUGCUGUCCAACAUGGUGAAGGACACGGCGUCGGAGAACUACUUCCUGUCCAUCCUUCAGCAUCUUCUGCUCAUCAGGAACGACUACUUCAUCAGGCCUCAGUACUACAAGGUGAUUGAAGAAUGCGUCUCCCAGGUGGUGCUCCACAGGAGCGGCAUGGACCCAGAUUUCGGGUACAGAGAGCGGCUGGACGUGGACUUCACUCUCCUCGUCGACCAGUGUGUGGAUAAAGCGAAGGUGGAAGAGAGCGAACAGAAAGCUGCAGAGUUUUCCAAAAAGUUCGACGAGGAAUUCAGCGCCCGGCAGGAGGCCCAGGCCGAGUUCCAGAAGCAGGAGGAGAAGAUCAAAGAGCUGGAUGCCCAGAUCCGCACCCUGCAGGCACAGUUGACUAGUGAGGGAAACAAGCUGAGAGAGACUCAGAGGCUCCUCACUGAAGCUGAAGCCAAGGUCGCCGCCGGGCCCGUGGCUGGAGGAGCCCCCCUCCCCGGGGGAGCCGCGCCCCCUCCCCCGCCCCCUCCGCCUCCCCCCCCCGCCCCUCCCGGAGGGUGCCCGCCUCCCCCGCUCCACUGCGGCAUCCCGCCCCCGCCCCCGCCGCCGCCCGGCUUCGGACCGCCGCCCCCGCCCCCGCCCCCCGGAGGCGGGCCCCCGCCGCCCCCGCCCUUCCCCGGGGCGCCCGGCAUGCCCCCGCCCCCAGCCCCGCCCGUCGUCAAGCUGCCCUACGGGCUGGAGCCCAAGAAAACGUACAAGCCCGACUCCGUGAUGAAGAGGGUCAACUGGUCCAAGAUCGUGCCUCAGGAAAUGGCGGAGAACUGCUUCUGGAUCAAAGUGAAAGAGGAGAAGUUUGAGUCCUCCGACCUCCUCUCCGAACUCACCCUCAACUUCUCCACCAAGUCGAAAGUGAAGAAAGAUGUGGACGAAGUGGACGACAGGAGGGUGAACCAGUUCAAGAAAAAGGCGAAGGAGCUGCGCAUCUUGGACUCCAAAACGGCUCAGAAUCUUUCCAUAUUCCUGGGGUCAUUCCGGCUGCCUUACGAGGAGAUCCGGGACAUCGUGCUGGAGGUGGACGAGGAGAGGCUGAGCGAAUCCCUGAUCCAGAACCUGAUAAAGAACCUUCCGGAACAGAAGGAGCUGGCUUCGCUGGCGGAGCUGAAGAAUGAGUACGAGGAGCUUUGCGAGUCGGAGCAGUUCGGCAUUGUGAUGAGCUCGGUGAAGCUUCUCCGCUCGCGCCUGAACGGGAUCCUGUUCAAGCUGACGUUCGAGGAGCAGGUGAACAACAUCCGGCCGGACAUCAUGAACGUGACGUUCGCCUGCGAGGAGGUGAAGCGGAGCGACAGCUUCAGCCGGCUCCUGGAGAUGGUGCUGCUGGUGGGGAACUACAUGAACGCCGGCUCCCGCAACGCCCAGACCUUCGGCUUCCACGUCAGCUUCCUCUGCAAGCUUCGAGACACUAAGUCAGCCGACCAGAAGACAACGCUGCUCCACUUUCUGGCAGAAAAAUGCGACGAGAAGUACCCCGAGAUCCUGAAGUUUCCCGACGAACUGGAGCACGUGGAGAACGCCAGCAAAGUGUCAGCUCAGAUCCUGAAGGCCAGUCUGGACACGAUGGAGCGGCAGAUCCAGAGGCUGGAAACCGACAUCCAGAACUUUCCCAAGACCGACGACAAGCAAGAUAAGUUUGUGGAAAAGAUGUCCGGCUUCUCGAAGCAGUCCAGGGAGCAGUACGAGAAGCUCUCCAUCAUGCACAAGAACAUGCAGAAGCUGUACGAGGGCCUGGGCAGCUACUUCGCCUUCGACCCGCACUCCGUCAGCAUCGAGGACUUCUUCGGGGACCUGGCCAGCUUCCGCACCCUCUUCCUGGAAGCUGUGAAGGAGAACCACAAGAAGAGGGAGAUGGAGGAGAAGAUCAAGAGAGCCAAGCUGGCAAAGGAGAAAGCGGAGCGGGAGAAGCAGGAGAGACAGCAGAAGAAGAAGCAGCUGAUUGACAUGAACAAAGAAGGAGACGAGACAGGAGUGAUGGACAGCCUGAUGGAGGCCCUGCAGUCCGGAGCGGCUUUCCGGGACCGGAGAAAACGAAAGCCGCAGAAUGGUGAUCAAAGCCCGUCCAGUCCAAGCCCUCGGUGGCCGGGUGCUAACCAUGACAACCGACGGGCAGGUCUGGAGAGGUCUCGCUCACGCCAUGCUGGCACCCCAUUGGCCCGGUGAUCGCAGGCCACGCCCGCCAGCCCCCCGCGCCUCACGGGAAACGAUAAGUGCCAAAGACGUGGUGGACAGGAAGCGGAGUGCCACAUGACAGGAAGGGCCUGCCCGUGGACGCACUGUGGGAGGGACUGCCAAAAUGUCAAGAUGUGCAAAACUGCGAAGUGCUGAAGAGCUCUCCUUUGAGAAGAGGAAGGACACAUACGAGCACUCACACACACAUACUCA